GCUCUCGGAAGCAGACACGUUCACUUCACCACCGAACGUCAAGAACAAACGCCGUCAUCAAUAGUGGCAACGCAAGACGCUGGAUAUGGAAGAUCAAUGCUCUAAUUGAUGUUGAGUAGUUCUGUUUCACUAACUAAAAUGAUUGACACGCAUCUUCAAUGACAAAGAUGUGGACAACGAAUGCACUGCUUCUAGCGGCAGCUAUUUUUAGAGUCCACUCGUUGCCACCGGAAAUCGUGACAUCUACAACGCCAGUGGCAAGAAACAUAACUCUGAAUAGACACUUAAAUGAGAGUCAUCCUAACAGAAGCUCGACUGCUUCGGUGCGCAUACAAACAGCUGACGCAGAUGAUGGCGCUCAACGGAUAAAUGCAAAGUUUACAGAGAGAAGCGCAAGCAACGACGGCUUGGAGGAAGGUGACUGGUGGGGUUUGCAAGAGGCACACAACGCAACUAGCGGUUGCCGGCACGCAGGAGCAGCGGAGGCCGCGUCUACAAACAACACGAGGCUCUCGGCGGGCAACGCCCGAAGGCGGAGAAGAGCUGGUUGCAACUUGAGAAGAGCAAGCGGUGAUGGCGGCGAAACAGCUAUUGUCAUCGACAAAGGUCGUGGCCUCGUCGGCCACGCGCGCGGGAAGCUGAAGAAGAAAAAGAAGCUGAAGAAGUUCUUGAUCCCGCUGCUGAUCGCCUACAAGCUCAAGUUCUUCGCGCUGGUGCCAUUACUGAUCAGCGGCCUCGUGCUGCUGGUCGGCGCCACGGGGGCGGCCGGCUUCUUCUUUGCUCUGUUUGCCGCCACCAUCAGCAUCAAGAGUCACAGCAAGUGGUAGCAGGGCCGCCGAGGCGGUCCCGAACACUAAGCAGAGAUAUACAAUACCUCGUCAACAAGAAACAGGCGCCUAUAGGUUAACUGAGUGGAUUCUGUAGCUAAGAAAAAGGAAACAUCGACUAACGUAUGUUUUCGGGUUUGUAAUCUAAUUUUUGUUCCAAAAGUAGAUAUUCAACUCGCCUAGAUACCUUGAAAACAUGGUAGAGUCUUCUCAGAAACCAAACCUAUAUUCUGUUAUAGGACGGAGUGACCUUGGAAGAAAAUUGCUCUCUUAGACUGUCAAACGAGUUUACCAUUUAAUGUAAUAACACAUUGUAAAGCGCAAUUUAGUAACUGUAGAGUUACUGACGCACUGUAUCCACCGAGACUCGAGCCGAGUGGAUGAGGCAGGCGUCCGAGGACUUUGCUGAUGAUUUUAGUGAGUUCGGCGUUAAGAAUGUGUCGACAACCGGUAAGGUCUAGGAGCCAAUGCUAUGAAUUUAGUUUUUGUGUCUACCGUUUGUUGGACUACCGGAAAAGCCUUAUGAACGUCUUGUUCAUGGUGAAAUAUUUACACUUCCCUUCGUUAUGAGGGCUGUUUGAUGUACAUACUGUACUUUGUCAAAUAAAUCGAUUCGUACUGG